AUGACCAAGAUUGAUUUUCCUGCUAAAUUUGACUAUUGCAUGAGAUUGAACUUAAAGGGGAAGGUUGAGGUUUCUACACAAGGGUUCUGUUUAGAUAAUGAAUCAUGGAGAUUGUAUGAGAGCAAGCUUCAUUCUUUGCUUGUAGAAGGCUUAGGAGAAAGAGCAAAGUUUGUACGUGUGACCUGGCGUAAUACAUCAUCAACACACAAUAUGAAUGAUGGUUUGUCAGUGCUUGAUAAAGAGCCAUUAAUAGUUGGAAUUUCUGUAAGUCUGCCAGAAGCUUUUGAUGAGUAUACACGUGGGCCCUUUUUUGGGAACAAAGAAGAGGCUUUGAAGUUCAGAAAGUUUUGGGGAGACAAAGCAGAGUUGUAUCAAUUUAAAAGUGGCACCAGGGAAUGUGUUUUGUGGAAAUGCAAGGCAUCAAAGAGAUAUCAUAUUAUAAAAUGGGUUACUGAGUAUGUUCUUAAUCGACACCUGUCAUUGACACAAGAAAACAUUACACAUGCUGUUGACCAACUUGACUUUUCAUUGGUUCAUGAUGAUGGAGAUUUAGCUUCAGAUGGAAGUUUGAAUGAAAGCUUUGGAACUUUGUCUAAACGUUUACGCCUUUUAAGUGAUGUUCCUUUGUCAAUCACCAGUGUGCAGCCUCUAGACUCAGCUUUUAGACAUACAUCUGUUUUUCCUCCAAGACCUCAUCCUUUAGCAAAUGGAACCAAAGUUGGAAAUAAAAUCAUAUCAACAUGUAUACCAUCUCUUGAAGUUAUGAUUCAGUUGGAAGGUUCAGGAAACUGGCCAAUGGAUGAUGUGGCAAUUGAGAAAACUAAAUCUGCUUUCUUGUUAAGAAUUGGAGAAUGUCUUGAGAAGGAUUAUGGAAUGAAAUAUUGUCCAUAUGAAGAAGGUGUUGAUGUUUUUAUAUCUGGAUACGUUUUUCGCUUGAAGAUUUUGCAUGAAAGAGGCCUAGACUUGUUAAAUGGACAAUCUGAAAGUUAUCAAGUCGAUAUCCUUUAUAUGGACCAGUUGUUCAAUUGGCAAAAAAGAUGGGUUUCUGCACAUUUAUUUUCAGCUUCUUUCAUGGAGGAAGCAAUUGAGCUUGUGGUUGCAUCAAUUUUUCAAAACUCAUUACCAUUUUCAGCUCCUUGUUCACGAAUUUCUGGAUUCAUGAGGUUUUUGAGACUUUUAUCUGAUCAUGAUUGGAUGUUCACUCCUUUAAUUGUUGAUAUAAAUGAGGAUAUGACUCCAGAUGAUGAAAAAGAGAUCAAUGAAAAGUUUUUGUUAAGUAGAAAAGCUUAUGAAGAAGGGACUGGAAGUGUAACAUCUGCCAUGUAUUUAGCCACUGCUUAUGAUAAAGCAUCUGAAACAUGGACCACUUUGUCUCCAACUGUUUCAGAGGUGAAAAGGUUGGGGGUUUAUGCAAGAAGUAGUUCAAACUUGCUGACUAAACUAAUUAUGCAAGAUCAGGUGGAUUCUUAUGGAUGGGAGUGUAUAUUUAGAACUCCAUUGAACAACUAUGAUGCAGUGAUUCUUGUACAUAGAGAAAAACUGUCUUACCCUGAACGCCUUCUCUUCCCAUCUGAACUUAAUCAUGGGAAGCUUGUAGCACAAGGAAAAGCAAGCAAGGCUUUUCAGCCACUUUUAUUGACCAACAAUAAGACAAAGGAUCCUCAAGAUCAGUUGUACAUCAACUUUGAUCCAUUAAUGUGUUAUAUCAAACACUUGGAGAGUGCUUUUCCAGAUAAGUUUAAGUUGUGGUAUGAUUCAUUAGGUGGUGAUGCAAUUGGGCUCACUUGGGAAAAAGAGAACUCAAAGAAGAGGAGACGAGAAGAUGAUGGGGAUGUAAAGAAGAGUGUGAGGGAUACUUUGAAAGAUGUUGGUGAAGUUGGAAAAGGAUUUGUGAAGAGUGUUUAUUUGCUAAAAGAACCAACAAGGUAAUAAGGAGAUUGGAGGAGGAUACCAUUAUUUUAUUUACCACCAAGUUAAUGUUGUAGUAGUAGUGCCCCGGUUUUGAAAUAUUGAAGGGGAGAGUUUCACUAUAAUUUAUUGAUUAUAUGUAAAAAAGUAUUUUGCUGUUUUAUUAAAUUUUACUUGAAAGAGGUUUUUGUAAGAGCACGGCAAGUAAUGAUUCAGAAUGUUGUUGAGUAA